AUGCCGGGCAGGGCGACUACAAGUCCCAUGAGGCCGGUGAGUGCGGGGGGGGGUGUGCGGGGGAACCACCGAGCGGGAGGUGCUGUGGCCGCCCCGCCCCGCACCCCCCGCGCCCCGCUCCGCCCCGCGCCGCGCCCGCCGCCGCUCCAGCAUGCACGGAGGAUGCUCGCCUCUUGCUCAGGCAGGAAGGGGCCGGAGGGCAGGUACCCUCUGCACUACCUCGUCUGGCACAACCGCGCCCGCGACCUGGACCGGGAACUGAGCGCCAAGCAGGCUGACAUCGAGCAGCUGGACCCCCGAGGACGCACCCCGCUGCACCUGGCCACCACGCUGGGCCACCUCGAGUGUGCCAGGGUGCUGCUGAAGCAUGGUGCUGACGUGGGCAAGGAGAACCGCAGCGGCUGGACAGUCCUGCAGGAGGCCGUGAGCACCCGGGACCUGGAGCUGGUGCAGCUGGUCCUGCGCUACCGGGACUACCAGAGAGCCAUCAAGCGCCUGGCCGGGAUCCCCAUCCUGCUGGAGAAGCUGCGCAAGGCCCAGGACUUCUAUGUGGAGAUGAAGUGGGAGUUCACCAGCUGGGUGCCACUGGUGUCCAAGAUCUGCCCCAGUGACACCUACAAGGUGUGGAAGAGUGGCCAGAACCUGCGGGUGGACACCACGCUACUGGGCUUCGACCACAUGACAUGGCAGCGGGGCAACCGCAGCUUUGUCUUUCGGGGACAAGACACCAGCGCAGUGGUGAUGGAGAUUGACCAUGACCGGCGGGUGGUCUACUCGGAGACACUGGCCCUGGCAGGCCAUGACCAGGAGGUGCUGCUGGCUGCUGUGCAGCCCACUGAGGAGCAGGUGAUGGGGAGGCUGACAGCCCCCGUGGUCACCACCCAGCUCGACACCAAGAACAUCGCCUUCGAGAGGAACAAGUCUGGGAUCCUGGGCUGGAGGAGUGAGAAGACGGAAAUGGUGAAUGGGUACGAGGCCAAGGUCUAUGGUGCCUCCAACGUGGAGCUGAUCACACGGACACGGACUGAGCACCUCUCAGACCAGCACAAGGGCAAGAGCAAAGGCAGCAAGACCCCCCUGCAGUCCUUCCUGGGCAUCGCCGAGCAGCAUGUGGGGCCCAACAAUGGGACGCUGAUCACGCAGACGCUGAGCCACGCCAACCCCACUGCCAUCACCCCCGAGGAGUACUUCAACCCCAACUUCGAGCUGGGCAACAGGGACAUGGGACGGCCCAUGGAGCUCACCACCAAGACACAGAAGUUCAAGGCGAAGCUGUGGUUGUGUGAGGACCACCCGCUGUCCCUCUGCGAGCAGGUUGCCCCCAUCAUUGACCUCAUGGCAAUAAGCAACGCGCUGUUCGCCAAACUGCGGGACUUCAUCACCCUGCGCCUCCCGCCUGGCUUCCCCGUCAAGAUCGAAAUCCCCAUCUUCCACAUCCUCAACGCCCGCAUCACCUUCGGGAACCUCAAUGGGUGCGACGAGCCCGUCAGCUCCCUGCGGCACAGCCCCAGCAGCGAGGCACCUUCGCCCAGCAGCGACUCCUCCAGCGUCAGCAGCUCCAGCUCCCUGACCUCGUGCCGAGGGUGCGAGAUGGACCCGGCGCUUUUUGAGGUCCCGCGGGGGUACAGUGUGGUGGGCACCCACCAGGACACCCUGCGGGAGGAUGAGGAUGACCUGCUGCAGUUUGCCAUCCAGCAGAGCCUGCUGGAAGCAGGCAGCGAGUACGACCAGGUCACCAUCUGGGAAGCACUGACCAACAGCAAGCCAGGCACCCACCCCAUGUCACACGAGGGCCGCCGAGGAGACAGGUUGGACUCCCCAGCACACAGCAGCCCCCCGGCCCCCCUCUGCCCCAUCCCCGGGGGGCGGUGGCGGGCCCAGCGCCCUGUUCCCCAGCUACGCGGAGCAGCUGCGUCUGGCCAUGGCGCUGUCGGCGCGGGAGCAGGAGGAGGCCGAGCGCCGGACGCGCCAGGAGGAAGAGGAGCUGCAGCGGAUCCUGCAGCUCUCACUGACGGAGAAGUGACCCCGCAACCCCACUCAGCACCCCCCUCCACCCACCCCAGUGGGGAUGGUGCCAUACGUGGGGGUAUGGAGUGGGGAGCGGGGUGGGGGAAGACAGCCCAAGCGCUGCAGAGGGCAAAGGAGGGAGGGGGCACAGGACUUGGCCCUGUUUGGGGGAGGUCAUCCCCAUAGCUGGGGUGGUACUGGGGUGCGGGGCGGGGGUUGCACCUCAGAGCAGGACAGGGUCGGGGUGGGUGACAAUUGGGGUGGCAGGGACCAGUGGGGGCAACCCCACGGACUGUACCCCACCCCUAGGACAGCCCUAGGCCCCUGCCAACAUCUGUAUGGGGUGCUGCUUGGCCCCAAACCCCAGGAAGGUGAGGGAGGGGGCACAUCCUGCCCCAUAUCGGGCGGAGGCGGGGGGGCUGCCUGUUCCAUAGGGUCCCGGGGUCCCCAGAGCUGGGGGUCUCUGCCCAGGCCCCUUGGUCCUCCUGCCCAGACACUACCAAGUGCACUUACCCGGGAGCUGCUCUGCCUGCCAGUGGGGGUUGGCGGUGGGAGGGGGGGCCCUGCCCCAUUGCACCCCAUCAUGGGGCUGCACAGCUGCCCCCAUCCUGGCAGAAGGGUCUGCUGGGGCAGCCAAGGGGGUGCCUGCAAAGGCUGCCCAGUGUCACCCCCCUCCCCUUCCCCCCUGCU